UACAUAGGUAAUAGUAUUUAAGUAUUUUACAAUUGUAUUUUGUUGUUUAGAAUGAAAAUGUAAACAAAAGAGAGUUGAGUUUUGAUUCAUCCUCUAGUUCAUAUACCAAAAAAAAUAAAAUGCAAAAAAAAAUAAAUGACGUGUUUUCUAGUACAAGUACAAGUACAAGUAGUACAUUAACCGACCCAGGAACUCAUUCAGAGAAUCUGAAGAAUGAUGAAAGUUAUAGUAUAAUAAUUGAUGACAGCUUAGAUAUUGGAAAAUUUAUUAAUACUUCAAUUCCUAUUGAUGACUUCACAAAAUGUGCAUUGCUUGAAAAACACUGGGUUCCUCCACCAGGAUAUAUAUAUCCAUUCUCUAUACACAUACGCCAAGGAAAAGAAAUAAAAAGAAACGUUCUACCUGUCCACUUACAAAAUAAUCAUUGGUUAGUACUAUCAGAUUGCAUGAAAGGGUUGUUUUGUAAAUACUGUGUUUUGUUUGCUUCCAAUACAUCUAACAAUGUAACACUUCAAACUUUGGUAAAAAAACCACUUAAAAUCUUUUCAAAAUUAACUGGCAAGGAUAGUGAUUUGAAAAGACACUGCAAUAAUAAAUAUCAUAAAUUUGCUGUUGAGUCUGGGAAUAAUUUUUUGGCUGCAUAUCAUAAUCCACAAAAAGUAAUUAUAAAUCAAAUAAAUACUCAACGAUCCAUUCAAGUUAGUGAAAAUAGAAAACGGUUAGUUCCAAUUAUUGAAACUAUUAUAUUUUGUGGUCGACAAAAUUUAGCGUUAAGAGGGCACAGAGAUGAUGGAUUUCUGGACGACGAUGCUCGUCCAUCAAAUGAAGGAAAUUUUAGAGAACUUCUAAUGUUUAGAAUAAGUGCAGGUGACAAAACAUUAGAAAAUCAUAUAAAAACAACUUCAUCUC